AUGGCGUCUGGACCGUCGCAUUUACCAGAUCCGUUCAAGACAAGAAGCGUUGGGGUUGGAGAUGGGAGGAUUUCGGAAUCUCCAACCAAAGAAAGGUCAGAAGUUGCGGAAAACCAAUCAAUGAAAGACACUGAACUGAAUUUCUACAUUGAAGAGAUGGAGAGGUUUCUCACAGAGCACAAGGACUUGCUCAAAGACGACACCAAGACAAUUUCAAACCAACAUGAAUCUAGUCUAAGGAAUGCCAGCCCCACCCAGAGCGGAAAAAUAACUCAAGAAGGGAAUGGAGGGGUGCUUUUGGAUCCAUCAGAGCCAACCAACCGAGAGUCCAGAGAGAUGUGUCCAGAGGAUGACAAUUGCACUGGGGCCAAACCAAACGAGCAGCUCAUGGUGCAUCUCUCUGAAGAUAAGGAUAAAAGAACAAAGGAUUUUAAAGAAACCAUUCAAACGCUAAAACAAGAAUGGUUUAACAUAACGGGCCAGAGGAGUGCUGCCCCCGAUGUGGUGAAGGAUUACCUGUGUGCGCUACGGGAGGUUUCACCUGUCGUGCUGCAGCAUGUGGUCAAUAUGACAGACGGCAACGGAAACACCGCGCUGCACUACUGCGUGUCACACUCCAACUUUAGUGUCGUCCGGAGAUUACUCAACACAAAUGUGUGCAGUGUAAAUCAGCAGAAUAAAGCAGGUUACACGCCCAUAAUGUUAGCGGCUCUCGCGGCUCUAGCGUCUCCAGAGGACAUGAUUGUGGUCAAGGAGCUCUUCUCUAAAGGAAAUGUGAACGCCAAGGCCAGUCAGGCCGGACAAACUGCUCUGAUGCUCGCAUCCAGUCAUGGGAGUUUGGAGAUGGUAAAUGCUCUUCUGGAGCAGGGAGCAGAGGUCAAUCUCCAGGACGACGAGGGCUCCACGGCUCUGAUGUGCGCCAGUGAGCACGGACACCAAGACAUCGUCAAACUCCUGCUGCAGCAGCCACACUGUGACGCCACCCUCACAGACGGCGACGACAGCACAGCUCUGUCCAUUGCUCUGGAAGGAGGUCAUAAAGAGAUUGCGGUGCUACUUUAUGCUCAUGCUAAUUUCUCCAAAGGAAACUCUGGGAAUAGUUGUCCCGCUUCACCGUCGCCCCCAGGAAGAAGGAAAUGUUUUGGAAAGUCUAUUGUGCAGUAA